AUGUCGGAGUCCUUCACCGCGAAGCAGGUCGCAGAGCACAAAGACGUUGAUAAGGGGCUAUACAUUAUAAUCGAUAGCGGUGUGUACUCUCUAGAGAGCUUCGUCGAUGAGCAUCCCGGUGGUGCGAAAAUAUUGAAGAGGGUUGGCGGUAAGGAUGCCAGCAAGCAGUUCUGGAAGUACCACAACGAGGGUGUACUAAAGAAGUACGGACCGAAGCUCAAGGUCGGUGAUUUGAAAGAAGAGGCGAAACUAUGA